UUUGAGGAGGGAAAAAAGCAGCUCGAGCGCUGAGAGGAAAAGAGGGCGGGACUGAGCGCUGGGGAGCGGCGAAGCGGCGGCUGGCGGUCCGGCUUCGCGGGGCUCUGUGUUCUCCGGGGCUCCCACACAGGAAUUUGCUGAGGCUUGAUGUAAUGUUCAGGUUCAGAAAUGCCUUAUGUGGAUCGUCAAAAUCGCAUUUGUGGUUUUCUAGAUAUUGAAGAAAAUGAGAGUAGUGGAAAGUUUCUGCGGAGAUAUUUUAUACUGGACACAAAAGAAGACAGCUUGGUAUGGUAUAUGGAUAAUCCACAGAACCUUCCUUCUGGAUCUCCACCCGUUGGAGCCAUUAAGCUUACCUACAUUUCAAAGGUUAGUGAUGCAACUAAGCUGAGACCAAAGGCAGAAUUCUGUUUUGUCAUGAAUGCAGGAAUGAGAAAAUACUUUCUACAAGCCAAUGAUCAACAAGACUUAGUUGAAUGGGUAAAUGUCCUAAACAAAGCUACCAAAAUUACAGUACCAAAGCAGACUGAUUCACGGUCUCAGAAUGAUAAUUCAAAUCGCCAAGCUGAAAGUGUGGGGAUAAAGAAGCAGAUGUCUUACAGAACGGAUAUUGUUGGUGGUGUUCCCAUAAUAACCCCUACCCAGAAAGAAGAUGUAAACGAUAGUGAGGGUGAUAAAAACUACUUGAAACAGUCUCAGAGCCAUCCUUACUAUUCUGCUAAGCAACCCCCAGAUAACGCUGUGAUCAAAGCUGGCUAUUGUGUUAAACAAGGAGCAGUGAUGAAGAAUUGGAAAAGAAGAUACUUCCAGCUGGAUGAGAAUACAAUAGGCUAUUUCAAAUCUGAACUGGAUAAGGAGCCUCUUCGGAUUAUACCUCUGAAAGAGGUUCAUAAAGUCCAGGAAUGUAAACAAAGUGAUAUAAUGAUGAGAGACAAUCUGUUUGAAAUUGUAACAACUUCUCGAACAUUUUAUGUACAGGCAGAUAGUCCAGAGGACAUGCACAGCUGGAUUAAAGCAAUUUCUGGUGCAAUUGUAGCACAGCGGGGACCUGGAAGAUCAGCAGCUUCUAUGCGGCAGGCCAGAAGGCUGUCGAAUCCUUGUAUACAGAGGUAUACAUCAAGAACUGGUGAAUGCAGCAUGAACAUUCCAACAGUUCUUCAGAAUCCAGCUGGCCUGCAAAAACAGCUGCCUGGUCACAUUCCACAGCCACUCACAACCCCACUUUGGUCUCAACCCUUAAUGCCAAGCCCUUUGUCUUGGAGAAGCGAAGAUUUCACGAAUCUUCUACCAAGGCCAAGCCAGGGAGCUUCAAGAUCCAGGCUGUCCCUUCAGGAGACCCAGCUUCCAUAGUGACUGUUCAGGGCCUAUGGGAACCUCAAAAUAAAAAUGGCACUCAGGAACAGGAUCCUGGCCCAGUGGAUCUGGAUGAUGCAAGCCUUCCAGUUAGUUAUGUGUAAUAAUAGGAAGAGUUCGGAGGAUAAUCUUUUGGUCCGUGAAUUUCCUUGCUCAGACUUCUAGCCAAAGAUGACUAUGGGAUGAAAGAACAAAGAUUGGAAUGUUGUUUAUGUAGAUCUGUAUGUUUGCAUACGUUCAAAUUUGUGUAUGUUUGAAUAGUCAUAUACUGCCUUGUACUGAUUAUCAGAGCGGACCUUUUGCUUUUUCCGCUGCCUGAUAAUAAAUCACUUUCUAAUAGGGAGGAGCCAAAAUACAUAUGAAAAAUAUUACUGUUGCCAAUCAGCAAGGUACCAGCUGCUCUUCAUCUUCAGUUUGGCAAAGCUAAGAUUAGAAUCUUAGUGCCCUAAUAAAAGAAAUGUCAACAAGUGUGACUUAAUUACACUGUAAGUUUGGCUAAUGACAUAGUAGUUGGUUUUUUAGGUUCUAAGCAUUGGCAGAGCAUUUUAGGCAUUUGGAUAUAUGUCAUCAUAGGUUUGAUGUAGUACCUUGCUGAACCCAGCCGUGCUUCUAACCAUGCAUUUUUUCCUAUGUAGAGAUGGUAUUCAUUUAGAAAACACUGCAGUGUCUGAAAUGAGGUAUGUUUUCCCUCUGUAAGUUGCACAGAUCAAGAAGCCACUAUGCAAUUUGUAUGGCAGGAAAACCACUUUUGCUCCAUUUCAGAAAUUGCAUGCACGUGUGUUAACUUACACAAAUCUUACUGUAUGUUGCGUGUGAAACAGGGCAGAGCUACAUUAUUUACAUUGAUGUAAACCUGUUGACUUAGUUGGAAUUCCACCCUUGUAACUUCUGUGAAUCACUGCCCUUUUCCCAGAGAAUUCAACUCCCUUAGAAUUCCAGGUAUUUGGUGCUGUGAAGACCUAUUAGAGUAAUACAGCUAUUUUGAAUAUUAAGCCUAUUUUUGAUGCACUCCUAAAGGUGAACUGUAACUUUUGCACAUUUGGAUAUUAAUGGACCACCAGUAAAUAAGGGUGUGUUGUGGAUUUUUUUUAAGUAGGGAGAAGGGAAACUGGACUACUAAAUCUUUUAAAGGUUUGACUAAAAAUAUUUUAUAUUAGGCUUUACAUGUUUAAACUAUUGUCUAAGAUUUUUUGUUUUUGUUUGUUUCCCUCUUGUGAGAUUGAUCCAUUUCUGCCCCCCGCCCCUGAGUAUGUUGUGAACAGUUCCCAUUUAAUAGAUGGAUCAGCGAAAGACUGGGGGGGAAAUUGUUUUAUGCUGUUAUCUGGUACUGAAUUGUUCAAUCAUGCAAUUGUGGCCUGUAACUUUUGGUGCACUAAAUUUAUUAAAAGUGCCUGUGGGUUCUUCCUUUA